AAAAUGUGUUUUAAUUAAUCUGCGCACAAGAAAUUACCUCCGACGCGAAACAUCUCAGUCUUGACUCUCCGAACUCCCAACUAGGGUUUCUCGAUCUCUCCACCAAAUGCUUCUUCUGCAGCGAUGAUUUCUACAUAGCUUCCGCUGAUUCCAACUCUCUAAGCGGCAUCCAAUUUCAAUGGGACUUCCUCGUCUCGUUGCUGUUGCUUUUACACUUGCUCUAGUUUCAAUCUUUCUCCCUCUCCCGUUCUCUCUCGCUGGUGAGAUAACGUCUAUUGAAUCUGUGCCUGACCUUCAGAAGCUUAUGUAUGUUGCUGUUGAUGGGUAUCCUUGUGUGCGCCUCCUCAAUCUCUCUGGAGAGAUUGGCUGUUCCAAUCCUGGAUUGAGUAAGGUGGUGGCUCCACUCAUUAAACUCAAGGAUGUUAAAGAUUUGGUUGAGCCGCACACUGUUUUGGUUACAGCUGAUGAAAUGGAAGAUUUCUUUACCAGGGUAUCAAAUGAUUUGAGUUUUGCUAGCAAAAUUGGUGGCGUUCUAAUUGAGUCAGGAUCUAGCUUUCAACAAAAGUUAAAAGGUCUUUCCCCUGAUAAAAUGUUUCCUCAGGCGGAGUUUUCACCAUAUAAAAACGUUGAGUACAAAUGGAAUCCAAUGGCAUCAAGCAUUAUGUGGAAAGCUUAUAAUUUUCCUGUGUACUUAUUGUCAGAAAGUGGUAUAACAGCUGUGCAGAAGUUCCUUUCCAAGAAAGAUAUGAAGCAUAAAACUUACACCAGUGACGUCGCUGAAUUCAAUAUGGUUAUGGAGACUACCAAAGCUGGCACACACAAUUCGGAGGCUUGUUUACAGGAAGGAACCUGCCUCCCAUUGGGCGGAUAUAGUGUUUGGUCCUCACUUCCACCAAUCAACGUUUCGUCUUCCAACAAUCGCAAACCAAUUGUGCUAACUGUGGCCUCCAUGGAUUCUGCAUCAUUUUUCCGUGACAAGAGCUUUGGUGCAGGUUCACCGAUAUCUGGACUGGUAGCUCUUCUGGGAGCAGUUGAUGCUCUUUCUCGAGUUGAGGGUUUAAGUAAUCUCAAAAAGCAGCUUGUAUUUUUGGUUCUGACCGGAGAAACGUGGGGUUACCUUGGCAGCAGGAGGUUCUUACACGAACUAGAUCUGCAUUCAGAUGCUGUUGCAGGCCUUAGCGAUACCCUGAUUGAAACGGUGCUCGAAAUAGGAUCUGUUGGGAAAGGUUUGAGUGGAGGGAUCAAUACCUUCUUUGCUCAUAAAACCAGGGUUUCUUCUGCUACAAACAUGACACUGGAUGCUUUGAAGAUAGCUCAGGAUUCAUUUGCAUCAAAGAAUAUCAAGAUUCUUUCAGCGGAUAAGACAAACCCUGGAAUACCACCAUCAUCCACGAUGGCAUUCAUGAAGAAGAACCCUCAGACUUCAGCUGUUGUUCUUGAAGACUUUGAUACCAAGUUUGUGAAUAAGUUCUACCAUAGUCACCUCGAUGAUUUGUCAAAUAUCAACUCCUCAUCUGUAGUAGCUGCUGCUUCGGUUUUAGCCCGUACGCUUUACAUUCUUGCAAGUGACAACAAAGAUUCAGCUCUGGGAUCUAUUUAUGUCAAUGCUUCUUUCGUUGAAGAGCUUCUAGCCUGUCUUCUAUCUUGUGAGCCGGGGCUAUCAUGCAACUUGGUCAAAGAUUACAUUUCACCGACGAACACUUGCCCAGGCAACUAUGCUGGCGUCAUGAGUGGAGAACCUUCCUCCAACCCUUACCUUGGUUCCGUCGGUGACGUUUCUAGAUUCCUAUGGAACUUUCUGGCUGAAAAAACAUCUGUCCAAAAGGGAAACACAACCUCGGUUUGUUCAAAAGGAAGCUGUAGCAGAACCGACCAAGUGUGUAUCAAAGCAGAGAGUAACAAGGAGGGAACAUGCGUGGUCUCCACGACCAGGUAUGUUCCAGCGUAUUCAACAAGAUUGAAGUAUGCAGAUGGCGCUUGGACUAUUCUGCCCCAAAACACAUCGGAUUCUAUGGGGAUGGUUGAUCCGGUCUGGACGGAGAGCAACUGGAACACUAUAGGCUUGCAAGUAUACACGGUCCAGCACUCAGCAUAUGACAAUGCAGUCCUUGUAGCGGGUAUUACAGUCGCAACACUGGCUUAUAUUGGAAUUAUGGUUGCCAAAUCGUUCAUCACAAAAGCUUUGAAGCAGGACUGAGACUUAUGAUUGUAGCUCCCAAAACUGUAUGGUGGUAGAAACCUUUUCUCACAAUUCACAACUAAAGUUAUAUUGAAAACACUUGUUCUUUUUUUUU